UGGCUGGUCCCUCACCACUGCCAGCUUGUGAAACUGAGCCCAAAACUAAUAACGGGCAUUACCCAGCUCCACGACUCUCCAUUUCCUCCCGAGCCACUGUUGUUGCCACCAUGGAAGCCCCUUCUCAAGGCCUGCAGACGGUCAUGAAAUGGAAAACAGUGGUGGCCAUCUUUGUCGUGGUGGUAGUUUACCUGGUGACGGGAGGACUCGUCUUCCGUGCCCUGGAGCAGCCUUUUGAAAGCAGGCAGAAGAACACAAUCGCACUAGAGAAGGCUGACUUUCUUCGGGAGCAUGUUUGUGUAACCCAGCUAGAGCUGGAGACGCUGAUUCAGCAUGCUAUUGAUGCUGAUAAUGCAGGAGUCAGUCCCAUAGGAAAUUCCUCUAACAACAGCAGUCAUUGGGACCUCGGAAGUGCCUUUUUCUUUGCUGGAACAGUCAUCACAACAAUAGGGUAUGGGAACAUUGCCCCAAGCACUGUUGGAGGCAAGGUUUUCUGCAUCUUGUAUGCCAUCUUUGGGAUUCCACUAUUUGGCUUCUUGCUGGCUGGGAUUGGAGACCAACUUGGAACCAUAUUUGGCAAGGGUAUUGCAAGGGUGGAAAAAGUUUUCAGA